GCUCUGUAGCAGGCACUCGCCUACGGGGAGAAUGGGAGAGAGAAAGAAGGGGAGGGAGGAGGAACUUAAAGGAAAAAAGUUAAAAUAAAAAUGGCUUCCUUGUCUUUGGAGUCCACAGAACAAACGGAAAACGGUCAAAAUGAGUCCGCAGAAGAUGAAGCCAAAGUUAAAAAGGAGACCGAUCCGGACGAAGUUUCAGAACAACUGCUCCAAACCUUCCAGAACUCGUCGCUCAGUUUUUCCACCGACCAAGUCGCGUGUCUGUGCGAGGCGCUUCUGCAAGCGGGCAAUGUGGAUCGCCUGUGGAGAUUUCUCUCCACCAUCCCUCCUUCGGCCGAUUUGCUACGUGGCAACGAGACCCUGCUGAAGGCCCAGGCUUUGGUCGCUUUCCACCGGGACGAAUUUAAAGAGUUAUAUGCCAUUCUGGACAGUCAUGACUUCCACCCGAGUAACCAUGGGUUCCUGCAAGACCUCUACUUAAAGGCGCGCUACAAGGAGGCUGAGAGGUCCCGGGGUCGCAACUUAGGGGCCGUGGAUAAAUAUCGACUACGAAAAAAGUUCCCCCUGCCAAAAACCAUCUGGGACGGUGAGGAGACGGUGUACUGCUUCAAGGAGAAGUCGCGAAACGCUCUGAAGGAAUGCUAUAAGAUCAACAGGUAUCCCACUCCGGACGAGAAGAAAAAUUUAGCCAAAGUCACCGGACUUUCUUUGACUCAAGUGAGCAACUGGUUUAAGAAUCGCCGACAGAGGGACCGAACCCCGUCCGGUACCAACAGCAAAAGUGAAUCUGAUGGAAACCACAGCACAGAAGAUGAAGCGAGCAAGGGAGAUCUGGAGGAUAUUACUGACAAACCUUGUCCAGAGAUGAUCUCCACUGCUUCUCUCAUAUCUUUUUCUGGUGCUCCUUGCAAUACAGGUGGUCAGCUUAUUCUUAACAGUACAGGGGGAUUCCUCACAGGUUCUCAUCCACUGCUGCUCAAUGGGAGCCCUAUACUCUCAGGGGCAGGAACAGGAGUCAUCAUUAAUGGGUUGACACUAAGCGAUGCCCACACAGUCACCCUAAGUCCUGUUACAGCAAAUGCACCUUUGCUACUAAAUGGUGCUCAAGUAAUCUCCAGGGAGGAACGUGGUGUCAAUGACAUGGAGGGCCAAAGUAGCCUGUCUAAUGUGGUGCUGAGUCCACAAGCCAGUCUAACAAACACAGCAUCUCUCUCUCUUAGUGAAGAUGCCAAAACGGCCAGCAGCAAUGUUUCUCCGUUGGAUUUCAUCAGUCUUCCAGAGGCCUUAAAGAAUCCAGAUAAUGUCCAGUCAGAGCCCACAAACUCUAUGUCCACUUCCACUAUCUCCACUUCCGUCAUCUCUCCCAUGCCUUAUCCUUCAGUUAUUUUGCCUCAAAAUAGUGUUCCUGCAUCAACAGCUGGCUCCCUAAAUUCAGUCAUCUCUAAUCCCAUCGUUCCACUACAGCCCACACAGCCACCAGAGAUUGUUUUAUUAGCGAAGACUGAGGCACAAUCGCCCUCUUCAAGCUCAAUCUCCAGCCCCCAGGUGCUGUCCUUACCCCAGGUGGUACCAUCUAUACAAGGAAUUCCAGUGUCCCAACUUAUGCAGCAUCCGUCAUGUCCAGUCAGCAUGUCUUCCUGUCCUCAACUUGUACCGGUUUCCCCUGUCAAUCCACAGGGACCCCACGGUCCCAUUUCUCAGUUUCACACACAGACCUUGCACAUUGCUCCCAGACUUGCUCAAACCCAGCUACAAAAUGGCUCCAACACACUAAGCACCAAUACAGUUUUUUCCCUCCCCCAAAUGGCAGAUGGCCAACUUGCACAAGGACUUGCGUCUCAGCUAGGACAAGAGUCUGCUUCAGCCACCUUCCCACAGAUACAAACCUCUAUGGGAACACAAGUCAUUCCUAUUUCCUCUCCAACUCAAGUUGUACCUGUUUCCCAGCCCAAAGACACAGGCCAGCCCCAGAUGGUCCCCCUGUCACUGCCUCAACUUAUGCCUGUAUCUUCCAUCGCAGGAACUGCCACUGGAAGCCUCUCCUUUCCUCAUGUGGUCCCAGCAGCACCUUCUCUUUCCAUCCCAUCUCCUGGAGGUGCUUUUCAGAUUCUAACAUCUGGGUCUGGAGCAGGACUAAGUGUUGCCCAGGGACCGAUACGUCUUAGCCCAGUAGGGCCUCCCCAGAGUGUCCCUACUGGUUCCAUCCCAAGUGUUCAGCUUCUGAAUUCUGGGGUUUUCCAACUACCCUCUGUUUCUCCAGGCAAUAUUCUCUUAGCGGGUGGAAUAGGAGGAAGCCCCUUCCUAAGUGUUCAGAAUGGAAAACUCAUCCUUACCAUUCCGGCUGGCAUACAGUUCUCCAGUAUGCCUGUCAAGUCCAUCCCAGAAAACACAGUCUUAAGCAACAGCAUUAUUGAUCCAAUUUCCUCUGUAGCUCCACUUGAAAAUCCACCUGCACCUGCACUCACUGCUCAAUCCUCAAAUUCACUACAAUCAUCUCCUCUGGGUCUAGUUGGUUCCUCUACCCUUUACUCUAGCCCUGAGCCUGGGACCAUUGCCAACCCUACCCCAGGAGCUUCUCCUAACACUCCAGACUCUUCUAGUACUCCCACUCCUACGGGCAUCCUACAAUCCCAGCAGACCUUCAGCCCUGAUAGCAUGCUGCCCCUCAGUCCAAUCUGUAGUGGUGUUUCAACUGGCACACACCUCUCCCAGCCAGUCUGGAGCCUAGUGCCACUUUCCUCCCCUGCGGGUCUGACAUUAUUUGACAUGCGUGGUAAAGGGGAUCUACCAGAGGACCCGGCUUUGUUGGGCCUACCAGGUGGAGAGUCUCUCCUAUUGGGGACUCCCCCUCCAGGUGAGGAUGUGGAAAGAGAUUCUUCGCUGGAUGAGGUGGAUGAACUGGAUGGGGACUCAAAAAUUCUCACGCAACUUCAAUCUGUCCCUGUGGAUGAUGAGUUGGGUUUGUAAAUACAACUGUUGUGUUGAUAGCCUGCAACAUGCAGUUAGACAGUGUUAAAUCUCAGCCUAGAAGAGUUGCAUUCAACCAUGUCGCUGAAUCGGCAAGAGAUAUGAUUGAUAACCUCAAUGGCUUGUGAAUUUCCGUACUCUUCUUUGCGUGGGUUGAGGACUACGAAGUGAAAGUAUUCCACUCGAUACAUGGGUUGUUUAAAAGUACUUCCUAGGUUUUGUUGAAUACACCGUUGUCUUUCGUAUAUUCGGAAUUCAGUAUGGGCAUGACAAUAUGAAAGUUUCAACUGUAGUGGAGGGACUCUGUUGAGACACUGUUAUAAGUUGGGACAGAGGACAUAUAACCGAGAUUCACCUCUAAGAAAAUGACAUCUAAGGUUGUGUCUAGAUGUUUGCUCUGAUUGUUAUGAAACAGAGCCAGAGGAAAGUAACAAGGGACUACCUGACUAUCUAAGUGGUAAAAAGUCACUAAUAUGUCAAAGGCAAUCAAAAUGAUUGAAUCUAAUAGGAAUGAGGCAUACAAGGCUUUUUGUUUGUGCCUUUUUUUUGUAUUACUUCUCAGUUUUAUAGUUUAAACAACUUUGAGAAUGACUUUAAUCUUAAAGAAUAAUAACAGUGCUAUUUAAUGUCUCUUACAAGAGACACUGUAAUAGAGGUACAUGUAUUCUAUGAUGAUUACAAAACUGACCUUUUGGACUUAAAAGGGGUCCCCUUUUUUUUUUAAGUCUGAACACAUUUUUCUUCAAAAAUCUUCUAAGGAUGCACAAACAGCAAUUUUUUUUCCAUUAUAAAGGAGGUCAGCUUACCGAUACCGAUACAAACCGAUACAUUUGGAACUAAUACAAAUAAUCAAUGUCCUGAUGUCAUCUACAAUGAACACAUACUACAUCAUAACUGCCUAAUAGCUGCUUUUUACAAAUGUUUGCCUUUAAAUUGAAUUUAAGUAACAGUUGUAGAAGCAAACCUUUGAUGCAGAACCUCUGGAUUUGUCACAAGAGACCAUUACACUUUUAUACAAUCAAAAAAGCACUCUUAAUAUUCAUUUUAUAUUCCUAUGUACGGUUUUAUAGUAAAUUCUGAAUAUUGGUGGUAUGUUUGGCAGACCAUAAAAGAUUCAGUUUACACUUUAGAUAUGGUAAUUGAUGUUGGUUUCCAUAGAUAAAUGAUUUAGGUCUCCCAACUACUCCAGUUCAUUACUGUAGAGCUAUGUAUAAACCUAAUGGGCUCUGCUGUUCUGUUUGAAGAGAAUUGAAGUACUGCGAUAGUUUAAAUAUUUUUUCUAUGCAACAACAUGUCUUUCCACAUGAAAACUGAUAGUUAUAAAGCUUAACCCCAAGAUGUCUACAUUUUGUUUACUGUUAAAGGGACACUCCACUUUUUUUGAAAAUAGGUUAAUUUUCCAGCUCCCCUAGAGUUAAACAUUUGAUUUUUAUAGUUUUGGAAUCCAUUCAGCUGAUCUCCGGGUCUGGCGCUACCACUUUUAGCAUAG